AUCACUGAGUAAAGCUUUCCUUACCUUUCCAAAACAUUCACAAUCAAUUAUAUGAUGAGCAAUUGUCUUGCUUUAUGCCUUCUCUUCACAUUAUCUUCAGUGGUCUUUUGUUCAUUAAUACCUUUAACAGAUGCCUGGAAAAUUGAGUCGGGUGAAAUUCCAGUCGAAAGUAUGAUGUCAAGUGAAGAAAUGAAUAUGGAAUUGGGAAAUAUACCUCAAUGGGUUGAUGAAUCGAGCUUUACAUCAAGAAAUCAGCAAAAAAGCAGUCCUUUGGUGCAGCUGGUUUUUUGAAUUCCUGAAACCUACGCUUCUACAGAGGCCAGAUGGAAC